GAAGAAAAUAUAGAAUAUUGAGUAGACGGCACAGAGCGAGUAGUUCAUUAUUGUCAGUUGACUUCGAUACCUCGUUGAGUCUGCACGUGAACACGUUUUAGUGCGUUCGAAAAAAUAUAUAAAAAUAUUUCCUCAUUUUUAUACACAUAUGUACACAUGUAACACCAUACAACACAGUUCACAGAAUUUUUAUUUUCGAUUCAAUGAUAUUAGAAUUAUCUGAAGAAAAGAAUUCGAGUUCUAGCUUCGAUGUAAAAAACGCAGAAUAUUUAUCAAUCGGUUAUCAAUCAGAAGACAAAAAAAAAAUUUAUAAUUUUUUUGCGUGUGCAGUUUUCAAAUUCAGUUGUGUACGAUCGAUCGCAAAUCAACGAAUUGUUGAAGUAAAGUUUUGAAAAAAAAAGAAAAAAAAACGCGAAUCAACAAGACAAUCUAAAGACUUUGCAUUUCGAUGAUACAUUACAGCACAUACACACACACUGUGCAAGUGAAAACGCAAAAACUUAAAUCGACAUUCAUUCAGGUGCUGAGUGACAAUCAGUGCGAGUGAUGCGACGCUUCAAAUAGAAAAAAGAGCAAAAAACAUCAGUAUUUUUCUGACAAAGAAAAUCCGAAAAUUGUGCGAAUGUUAAAGGACAACGAACAACAUUGAGUCUUAAAUUCCAGCACAAUAGCACAACGGCGGCGAGUACCUGAUACAAAAAUUAAAAAAAAAAAAACAAAACAAGAACAUAAAAAACACACAAUUAGUUUUGAUCGCUCAUUAUCAAAUAAACCACCAACGCCAUAAAAUAAAAGCGAAACAAUUUUUGCUCAAAUUUGUGACCUUUGAAUCGAAUUAUAAAAAGAACCAAGCGAUUUUGCGAUUUAUCAUUUUUUAUCAACAACCCAAAAAAGAGAGAAAUAAAACGCUAGAGACGAAGAAACUGCUCAAACUUAAGUGAUUCUCAAGCACUCUAUAAGUGACAGUAUAUGUAUAGUGUGUUUAUGUGUUUGUGUUUACCUGCUCGAUGGAUUAUCAUCUAAAGUUAAAUUGAUACAACGUUUCUCGCAUUGCAUCCCAACACAAAACGAAAUAAGAAAAAGCAAAAAAAAACAACCCGAAACAAAUUUAUCUAAAAAAAAAGGAUUGCGUGAAAAACUGUGUGACAAACAAAAGAAAGACAAACAAAUCAAUAAUCGAAUAGAUUUUCUUCGUAUUAAUUUUUUUUCUUCGAUAAAUUUCAUGCGACGACUUUGAUUUUAUUUAUUUGACUGAAAUCGUAUUGUGUUUGACACAGCCCAUAAAUUAAGAGCAGAACAAUAGCACGGUACUCUUGAAUGAACGACAAAUAUUCUUGACGACCACAGAGAAGAAGACAAAACAGAAGAGAAGAAAAUACACAACAACCACCACCAGUCAUAUAACACGAAGAGCACGCAGUUGGUUCAAUUGUCGAUUUGAACUGGUUGCUACGAUAAUUUCAAAUUAAACGGUUCCAUAAGUUGUUGUUUUUUUUUAUUUUCGAGUGUGCAUUCGGUUCAGUUACUGUUCACGUUUCAAUAGACCGAAAAAAGAGUCAAAGUGCGAAUUAGAGAGCCAAUCAAAUCACGGGCACAAACGGAACGAAACGAAGCACGAGAAGAGCAAGAGAAAAAAAAAGAGAAUAAGCGAUCGGAAGCGAAGAGUAGAAGCAGAGGGCAAUUCGUCUUGAGUUCGAAUUGUAGUGUGAUAUGUGUAAAAGUUUUCAUCUGUAAAAACUGGAAAAUUUUGGAGAAUAUUCUCCAAAAAUGGCCACAACAUAUAUGACUUCAUCUGGCGAGUUGGACAUGGCUCUGGGCGCUGCAUAUCACACACCAUCGCCUCGAAGCGGCACCGAUGCAGGCGAAAUGAAAUAUUUGCAUCAUCAUCAUCCAAAUCAUACGGCACAUCAUCAUCAUGUACCAUCCAGCCCAAGCCCGAACACGGGCGGCGCACUCACCAGCAGCUUGAGCUCGAAUCCAUGGUCAUCGUUGCAUCCAAAUGAUCCAUGGGGCUUGCAAUCGCAUCAUGGCCACCAUCAUCCCGCUGAUGUGAAACCAGAAAUGUCACAUUUAGCGCAACAAAGUAGAGUACAACAGGGAAUGGCAUCGCCACAUGGUUGGCAUGCACCAGUACAUGCCGCCUCGCAUUAUGCACCAACCGGCGGCUCACCGCUUCAAUAUCACCCGGCUAUGAAUGGUAUGCUACAUCACACAGGACAUCCGCAUCAUCAAAGUGUCGCCCCACUGCACCAUGCGCUGCGAGAAUCGCCACAAUUACAUUUGCAUCCUCAUCACUUGCAGGGCGAUCGCGACGUUAGCGCCGGUGAAGAGGACACACCAACAUCCGACGAUUUAGAAGCAUUCGCAAAACAAUUCAAACAGCGACGAAUUAAAUUAGGUUUUACACAGGCCGACGUCGGUUUAGCGCUAGGUACACUUUAUGGAAAUGUCUUUUCACAAACAACGAUAUGCCGUUUCGAGGCUUUACAGUUAAGUUUUAAAAAUAUGUGCAAAUUGAAGCCACUGCUGCAAAAGUGGCUGGAAGAGGCUGACUCAACGACCGGCUCACCAACUAGCAUCGAUAAAAUAGCGGCACAGGGGCGAAAGCGCAAAAAGCGUACGAGCAUUGAGGUGUCGGUAAAAGGUGCAUUAGAACAGCAUUUCCAUAAACAACCAAAACCGUCGGCACAGGAGAUUACGUCGCUGGCCGAUUCGCUGCAGCUGGAAAAGGAAGUGGUGCGCGUAUGGUUCUGCAAUCGACGGCAAAAAGAGAAACGAAUGACACCUCCGAAUACAAUAGGCGGUGAUAUGAUGGACGGUAUGCCACCGUCGCAUAUGCAUCCACACGGUGGCUACCAUCAUCACGAUUUACACGGAAGUCCAAUGGGAACACAUAGCCAUUCACAUAGCCCCCCAAUGCUUAGUCCACAAAAUAUGCAAAAUCCAAAUGCUCAUCAGCUGACGGCUCACUAGCAAUCAGAGAUCCAGGAGUCCAUGUCGUCUGCCCAGUAUGCUAGUGGAUCGAGCCCAUCGAAAAUGUUACCAACAUCACAAAUGGCCAUGUACAUCGAUCAUCAACGCUAUCAACAACACCAUCAGCAGCAGCAACAACUUCAUGCCAGAAGAUUGUUUCAAGAGUGGACCCUGCAAUUUGGCAAUUAGAAAUUUCGUUUUUUUCGUGUCAAUUCUCUGUUUAUUUUGCCCUUUUAUUUGGCCGAAAUGCAGCGGCAGCAGCAGGAGCGGCGGCGGCGACGGCGGCCAAUCCGAUGUUGCCAUUCAUUGGAUUUGCCGCAUUUCGGUCACAACGAACUAUUUCGCCUGAAUCGCAAUCGAAUCACAAUUUCCGGCGGUUCCUCACUUCGUUCAACGAGAUGCGUUUUCUUCAUCAUUUUCACAUUCUCAACACAGCAACAACAACACCAUCAGCAGCAGCAGCAGCAACAGCAACAAUCCCGAACAAAAGGGCAACCAAAACGAAGCAAACUAAUUAUACGAUUCGUAAUAACUAAAAACAAGUAAAAAACAACAACAACAAAUAAACAGACAAGUGAUGUUUCAAAAUAACCAAGAUGCAUAAUAAUAAAAUUGAAUUGCAAAGGAGAGAAGAGAAAAAAAAGUAACAAAUAUAUGUAUGUCCUAAGAAUAUGUAUAUACAAAUUCCUAAGAUUUAGACAAAUAUAUAAUGAUCUUCGUCUAUAAUUUUUCCAUAGACGAUUUUAAAUUAAUAUGUAACAAAUAAACAAACAAAAUGAAAGAUGAAGAGAAAUCACGAAUCAAGCAACAAAAAAAAGUUCUAGUGACAAAACACACGACUAAAAGCCGACUCAAUACAUAGCAACAAUAAAACCAAGUUUUUUUCUUUCGUUUUGAAAAUCGAGCUCCUUCAUGCGACAACAAUUUAAACAAAACUACACCAAUAUGCAGAAAACAUGGCGCAAAAUUUCCAAUGGAAUCGAUACACGAUGCAAAAAUGAAACAAACAAAAAAACACCGAAACGAAACAAAGAAAACAAAAUUCAUGUGAAAAAAAAACCAUGCAAAAUCUUAAUCAUAAUAAAUUUGAACCUCCCAUCUGAAACCGCGUAUUCAGGCGAGGUGAAGCAAACAGAAAAAAACACACACAGAGAAAUAUUUAUCGAAAAUGUUCAAAAAAAAAGUACGAAAUAACGUCAUUUUUUGUAUUUUAUGUAAGUAAUUUUUAAACUUUUAUUACACAUCUUACUUACACAUAAAAAUAAUAUAUAUUAUUAUCUAGUAAUAUGUUAAUGUGGCUUAAAUUUAAAAUGACACACAUACAAAAUUGAAACCAAUUUAAAAAAAAAAAAAGAAUGAAAAAGAAAAUCAGACCGAGAUGCAGAAUGCUAACGUUUGUUUUAGUAAGAACAGUAAAGUUGAAGUCUAAAAAUGAUAAUCAAUCAAAUAAAAAAAUCAAGACGAAAAAAUUUUAUGUAAAGAAGAAAAUCGAAUAAUUAUUUUUUAGUUUGGACGCAAUUUCUUGUUUUGGGAAAAUUUAGUUUUGAAUUGGAUAAAUAAAAAAUUUAUUGUUUUUUUUUGGUGUUUUGACGCAUAGUUAAAUUUAGCCAAGGAAAGAAAGAAAAAUAAAUGACGAAAAAAACAUACAGAUGGUUUUCCGUUGCUUUCAUUUCGUAUAUGAAUUCAUUCAGUUUUGCACAAUAACAACAACAACAAUAGAAAAUUAACACUUUUCCGAUUCCUGUAUCUCUUUCGUUCGCUUCUUAAUUAUUAUUUUUUCUGGAUUUCUCGUGUUUAGGCUUGUGUUCAUUUGUUUUUCUCAUAUACUCUUUUUUCGUUGGUAUCUGUUUUUAAAUUGUGUAUUGUAUUGUUUUGUUUAUAUUCUCCGAGAAAAUGGCCAAUUUUCAAAGCCGAAAAUAAUGUGUAAGCCCGAAAAUUCCAUGGGAAUUUUUCGCCAAUAACCGGGUGGGCAUUUGAAAUGAAGCCAAUUAUUGGAAAGAAGUAAAGUAACAGAGAAAAAUGUGAAAAAUUAUAUACGAUUUUUGCUUGUAAAUAAUGACCAUCACUUGGGUACAUAGCUUAGCAUGAGACAGAGUGCGAAACACAUACCAUUUAUACAUAUUGAAAUUUUACUUGAAAAUGUGUGUGCGUGUGUUGGCAAGGACAAUUGGAAAGCAAACAGAAUUAGACGAAGAACCGAUCGAUAAUUGGGAAUCAAAUCAAUUGCAUUCUUUUUGUUUCACAUUCUACGUUAGGCAUUUGAAUCAUUUUACAAAGCGCGAAUCACCCGCAUUUUUUUCGGGGCUAUAGUCGAGAUCGAAUUUUGUGAGCUAUGCUUUUAUCUAAUUUGUAAGAGUAACUGAGUUUCAAAGCAAAUGCAAUCACGAUGUGCAAAAAAAAUGCAAAGAUUUCUUUUCUUUAUGUUUAUUUUAGUUCAAAUACACUUGAUUUUGUAAACGUGAAACUAUUUGUUCAGUGGACGAUACAGACAACAACAGAAUGAAAUAAAUAAACGUUUUAGAAAGCCCACGGUGGACUGAUAUAAUUGCUAGUUGUUAUAAUUUCUUUUCUCUUUUUUCCUAUGUAGUCAGUCCCAUUGACGAUGACUUUGAUGAAAAGUGAACAUAAUGCUUUUUGCUCUUUCUUUUCCUCCGUUCGUUUUAUUCACGUAUCUGUGUCAAAAAAAAAGAAGAGAAAAAACGGUAGACAGCGUUAAUAUUUAUUGAACCACAUUUAUUUAGAAGAAAAAAAUGAUCGGUGUGCGAUGACAAGCUACAAAUAUUUGCUCAAAAAAUACAUUUGUUUUUGAUAAUUUGUUGUAAUGAAGAGGGAACACGACUGACACGAUCCUUAAUUGUCAUAUGCUCAGUGUUAGUUUUUGAACGAAAGAAAGACACACAAAUGCAAAAAGGAUCGCAAUAUUACUACUUAACAAGGUAACCCCAUUACUCAAACUGCAUCUCAACAAAUAGUCAGUCCAAAUGCAAUGCCCACAUACAUAAAUGAUUCUGGUGAACCACUCAAAAAAUUCGAGACCAACAGAUAUACGCACAGACAUAAAACGGGAAUUUCUCUUUCGUUUGCCUCAUUGCACGUUUCUUGGUUGCGUUGUUGCAUUUAAUCAUCCUUCUCAGUCUCAUUGUUCCUUCCAGCGCAAAAUUCAGCCCAGUCAGUGUUAAAAAUGAAAUCAAUGUGCAUUGUAUUGCAGAAACGACGUUGAAAGAGGAAAAAAGAAGGAAAAAACCUUGCAGUUAUAAAAUAGGGAUGCUGGAUGGAAAAACCAACCGGGUUUCAACCGAAAAUGCAUGCACGGCUGUGUGUUGUGUUGACGACUACGAUGCAGAAGAGAAGAAAAAUAAAAUAAAAUAAAAAUACAACACACAAGUCAAAUCCAUGCAAUAAAUUACAAUUGACAAAAAACAAUAAUCCAAUAGUUUGUCACAUUGGUUUUUGUUUGCGUUUAACACUAAAACAGAUUUGAUCCGCAGCGCAAAAGUCACUGUUUUCUUCUUCGGUUCACUUCUCUCUCUUUCUCUCUCUCUCUCUCUCUCUCUCUCUCUCUCUCUCUCACUUGGUCGCUCGGUGUGUUUUUUCCCAUUGAUAAUCAAAGUUCAAAUUAAAUGCGCAUUAAACGGAUGAAAUUGCAAUAAACAUAAAUGUUCAUGUAAAUGGGCACAAACCGAUUCACAGGUCGUAUGACACGUUAUUUUCUCCAUUUUGUUGAAAUUUUCCUCGUAAAAUUCGGUCUUUUGUCAUUGUCAUUGUCGAGAUGGAAGAACAAAACGAGAGAAAAACACACACACAUACAACCAACCAGCAAUCAAAGACAUUCAACCAGAAGAAAACAAAAAAUUUCCCCCGAAACAAAUUUAUAGGUAAACGAAAGAUACACUGCACAAACCAUUCUAGAAUCUUUACGUAUUUUUCAAAUCGAACACUGUCACACACUCACACACACAAAAACUCCACAUUUUUAACACACGUGCAACAACCAAACACAUUUUUUUCCUGCCGUUUUUACAAAACCAAUUUUCAAAGCAAACGAAAAAUCCAAAACAAUAUUUUUUAGACAUGAACUUGACAUGCGAAAUGAUGAUGUUCACAAUUGUAAAAAACAAUAAAACACAAGAACAAAAAAGAAUUAAUGAAAAAAACAAACAUAAUAUACAAAUCAUCUACUAAGUACGAUAACGUAUAUUUAAUGAGCAUUAAAAAAAACGAAAGAAAAAGAAAAAAAACGUAAAAAAAUUACAAAAAACAUAAACUAUUGCAUAUUACUACUAUUAUUACUAUUAUAAUAAUUUAGAUCAUUAUACUAUAAAUCUCUAAAAGAAAAAAGAAGAAGUAAAAUCUUUAUAUUUGAGAAACGAUAGAGAGACAGAGAGAGAGAGAGAGAGAGAGAGAGAGAGAGAGAGAGAGAAACGAAUCAAGUGAGAAAAGAACAUAGAGCAAGUUUAUUGCAUAGAUGAAACAAAACAAUAACAAUUCAAAUAUAAACACAGAACACACACAACUGAUUGACACCUAAAAACAAGAAAGCAAAAAAAAAAUGAAGAAUCAGAAACACAUGAACUACACCAGAAAUCAAGAGUGAAUUAAUACUAUUUAAAUAUAAUUCAAAUGAAUUUGUACAUAAUAAAAUAAAAGUAUAAAUAUGAGCGAAAGAGGAACUAGGAAGAGACAGCACAUAUAACACACACACACAAACACAUACACAAAAAUGAAAGAAAGAAGUAAACACAAAAAAAAUUGAUAUGCGCAUUGCAAAGCGAGUGGUAAAACAGAAAACAAGGAUGAUGAUGAUGAUGAUGUUGACACUAAAAGUGGUGCUUCAGUUGCAGUCUCUGUGAGACAUGCCCAACUAAACUACUACUUUUGAGAACAUCUCUACAACUAUCUGAUAAUUAUGUAAAACAUACAUUUAAUUAAUAAAUAUAUUUAAAUAGAUAAAAAAAAGAAGAAAAGACAAAAAAUGUUUAAUGACUAAAUCGUGCAUAACCCGACAAGUGGAAUAAGUUGAAUGGAAAACAAACCACAUAAAGGACACAACACCGAACACUCACAAAUAAGCAAAUUGUAAGGAAAUAAAAAAAACAACAAGUAUAGUCUAAGACAACCAGGAAAAGUCAUUUAAAUGAAGAGAAAGAGAAAUGAAAAGCAAAAAACUUGCAAAAAUUUAUUUAAACACAACAAAAAAAAAUCGAAAAAAAAAACAAUGAAAAAUUCGAAGUAAACGGGCAAAGAGAUAUUUCAAUGCGCGAAAGUUUCGAGCUCAAAAAACCAACAACAACAAAAAAGAACAUUUUUAGAGAAAAAAAAUGAAACAACACAUACACACACAACAAACAACAACAACAAAAAAUUAUUAUAUUAGACAAGCAGGGUUGAUUUACAUACGGUAGAUUUUGUGGAAUAAGUGUCUGUUUGAAGAAAAAUUAAAUAAAAUUUUGACGACAAGCAAACAAAAUAAAAAUGAGAAUAAAAAACCAUUAUUAAAAAAAAAA